GCAUAGGUACCUGCAUUAUCUGUACCAUGGGGGAAAUGAUCAAUGUAUUCCGUUCGUAUGUCUGCCUACAUACUAGUUGAGUAUAUUGUCAAAAGGUAUCCUCUGUGAACGUCAAAGAAAGAAAAACAUACUGCACUCGUACUGGGAGUUCAAUCUUCCUUUGCCCCGUUCCCCUGGCUCUCAAAGUCUGAAGCUCGAUUUUUUACCAGUUUGUAAUCAACACUAUGUCUCUCUACGAAGCCAGAGGUGUCUUUUAUGCUGGUCUUGUGAUCCUUAUUUCAGCUAUUUCCUGGCAGCUGAACAAGAUUGGCCGCAGACCAAGAAACUAUCCGCCAGGACCACCUACGCUGCCUCUCAUCGGUAAUCUGCACCAGAUUCCCCAAGAGAAGCGACAUCUGCAAUUCGAAAAAUGGGCUAGAGAGUACGGACCAAUCUACUCACUCAUGCUGGGCACCAAAGUCAUGAUUGUCCUUAACUCGGAUUUGGCCAUCAAGGACCUGGUAGAUAAUCGAGGUGCUAUUUAUUCCUCCAGGCCAGAGGCGUACAUCGGCCAGGAUAUCCUAAGCGGUGGGCUAAGGGUUCUUUUUAUGCCGAAUCACGAAGUUUGGAAAAUAGCCCGGAAGUUAGCUCACCGUAUUUUGAACAUAGCUGCUGCACGAACAUACGUACCUUACCAAGACCUUGAAAACAAAGCAAUGCUACUUGGAUUUCUAGAAAGUCCAGGUGACUUUAUCAAUCACCUUCGUCGAUACACAGCAUCGUUGACCACUCAGAUGACCUUUGGCUAUCGGAUUACCAGCAUAUAUGACCCGGUAUUCAAGGAAGCAUUUGACCUCUUCGAUCGGAGUUCCGAGAUGAUUGGGUCACGGAUGGCCGCGCUCCUGGACCUGGUGCCGGUAUUGAGGUAUUUGCCUGACUCUAUCCUGCCCAUAAAAAGAGAAGGAAAGAAAAUACACAAACGGGAGUUGAGCCUUUUUCGACGUCUUUUUCUUCAGGCUAAACAAGGGCUACAGGAUGGCACAGCCAAGCCAUGCUUUUGCGUCGACCUCGUCAAGCUGCAAAAAGAGGAGGACUUCUCCGAUGAGCUUGCCGCAUAUCUAAGUAGCUCGUUAUUACAAGCUGGGUCUGAAACGACGGCAAGUAUUCUGGUCGGUUUUAUUCAAGCAAUGGUUAUUUUCCCCGAAGUUGCAAAGACAGCGCAGAUGGAGCUGGACCGCGUCUGCGGUAACCGUAUGCCGGAUCUAAAUGACGUUCACAACCUACCGUACAUCCGGGCGUGUGCCAAGGAAAGUCUCCGAUGGAUGCCCGGAUUCAUGUUGGGCAUUCCGCACGCUGUCACUCAAGAUGACACGUACAUGGGUUAUCACAUCCCCGAAGGCUCGAUUGUAAUUAUGAAUGUCUGGGCUGUACACAAUGAUCCCAAAAGACAUCCGAACCCACGGCAGUUCGAGCCUAUGCGGUACAUAGACGACCACCAAACGUCCAUCGACGCGGCCAACAAUCCUGACGCCACCCAACGAGAUCAUUUCGUCUUCGGCGCAGGCAGACGCAAGUGUCAGGGCAUGCACAUUGCAGAUCGAUCAUUGUUUCUGGCCAUUUCACGUCUGCUCUGGGGAUUUGACUUCCAGAGAGCCGUGGACAAAGAAACCGGUCAGCAAACCAUCCCGGAUAUGGAUGAUUGGGCGGAGGGCGUGAUGAUGUUUCCGAAGCCGUUUGCGACCAAGAUACAACCUAGAAGUGCGUACACGGCCGCAUGUGUGAGACAAGAAUGGGCGCAAAUAGAAAAACUGCUUGAUGGACAGAGACAGUGGAAGCUGGUUCCUGAGGGUUUGAUUUGGAAGGAUGAGCAGCAUGUCGAUUGAUUAGAGCAGGGCCUUCGAGAUGCAUAUGGAAUAGACUACAGCAAUUCCACCGUGGAAAUCUCUCCCCUCGUCUAGCCAGCGCUCUACUCUCUUUCACUUACAUUAUAGCAUGAUUUAACUGAGAAGGUGGCUCCGGCAUUUUUGGUAUUUACGUCUCUCCGCAAGUAUGUACAUAUGCCACGACACCGUGUCAGGGUAGGCCGCCAGACAACACCGGGAAGUUGGUGGCCUAUUUUGAGCAGCCCUUGGGCUGCCGCAACCACUUGAGGGAGACGCUACAUCUACC